GGUUUCUGUUUAUAUCACCGCCCCAGCGGGUUCGUGAAGCGAAGGACCGGUUCGGUUUAUUUGUCUUGUAAAUUGUUGACACGAUGCAAAAUUUGUCGUGAGAAAAAUGAUACUACAAAUUUUAAGACCGGCUGUCUCCUUCAUUCGGAGCAGGAGCGCCUUAGUGAGACUGUACCAUGCGGAUAAAGUCGCCACUCUCGGCUCCCAGGCCGAUGUGCAGACUCCCGUUUACCAGGAAAACUAUGAACGUAUGCAAGCGCUGGUCAGGGAGCUGAAAGAAAGAGCAGAGAAUAUAAAACUUGGUGGAGGAGAGACAGCAAGGAAAAGGCACACAUCCAGAGGAAAGCUUUUACCUCGGGAGCGAAUUGAUAGACUGCUAGACCCGGGCUCUCCGUUUCUAGAGUUUUCCCAGUUUGCUGCUUACCAGUUGUAUAAUAAUGAGGAGGUGCCUGCUGGAGGCAUCAUCACCGGCAUUGGCAGAGUGUCUGGGGUGGAAUGUGUCAUUGUUGCAAAUGAUGCCACAGUCAAAGGAGGCACCUAUUAUCCAAUUACUGUAAAGAAGCACCUCCGAGCUCAAGAGAUUGCACAGCAGAACCACUUACCAUGCAUUUACCUGGUGGAUUCUGGGGGGGCCAACUUGCCUAGGCAGGCUGACGUGUUCCCUGACAGAGAUCACUUUGGGCGCAUCUUCUUUAACCAGGCGCGUCUGUCAUCAGAGGGCAUUGCACAGAUAGCUGUAGUGAUGGGCUCCUGUACAGCAGGGGGUGCCUAUGUCCCUGCCAUGGCCGAUGAAAGUAUCAUUGUGCGCAAACAAGGGACCAUAUUUCUCGGUGGACCCCCACUGGUAAAAGCUGCCACAGGUGAGGAAGUCUCUGCUGAAGAUCUUGGGGGAGCAGACCUUCACUGCAGAAAGUCUGGGGUAACUGAUCACUAUGCCUUGGAUGACCACCAUGCCCUUCAUCUGGCAAGAAAAGCUGUGCGAAAUCUGAACUACAAGAAGAAAUUAGAUAUUACUGUGGAACCACCAGAGGCUCCUUUGUUCCCAGCAGAUGAGCUCUAUGGCAUUGUAGGAGACAACUUGAAACGAAAUUUUGACAUAAAAGAGGUGAUAGCACGUAUUGUUGAUGGCAGCAAAUUUGAUGAAUUCAAGGCUUUCUAUGGAGACACACUGGUAACAGGUUUCUCACGGAUAUUUGGUUAUCCAGUUGGAAUCAUUGCCAACAAUGGAGUCCUAUUCUCUGAAUCUGCAAAGAAAGCAACUCAUUUUAUUGAGUUGUGCUGCCAAAGGAACAUUCCACUCGUCUUUCUUCAGAACAUCACAGGCUUUAUGGUGGGGAGAGAGUAUGAGGCUGGAGGCAUCGCUAAGGAUGGGGCCAAGAUGGUGACUGCAGUGGCCUGUGCCAAUGUGCCUAAGAUCACCGUAAUCGUCGGAGGAUCUUAUGGAGCUGGAAACUACGGCAUGUGUGGCAGAGCCUUCAGUCCCCGCUUCCUGUAUUUGUGGCCUAAUUCACGCGUUUCAGUGAUGGGAGGAGAACAGGCAGCAAAUGUGCUAGCCACCAUCACUAAAAUCCAGAAAGCCAGGGAGGGGAACGAGUUCACAGCAGAAGAAGAGGCAGCUUUGAAGGAGCCAAUAAUCAGACGGUUUGAGGAGGAGGGAAACCCAUAUUACUCCAGUGCCAGGCUAUGGGAUGAUGGAAUUAUCGACCCUGCAGACACUCGCCUCGUCCUCGGCCUUAGCCUGAGUGCCGCUCUGAACGCUACCACGCAGAAGACUCGUUUCGGUGUCUUCAGGAUGUGAAGUUAAACAACACCCCUCUUCCUCUUCCUGGGGAUUAGAUUUUACUCUUUUAUGGGAAGGAGAGAGAACACUAACUUUAUAUCCCUGACAAGUUGUUAUUUAGUGUUUGAACAGUUUGUCAUGAGUAGUAAAUUACUAUAACUCUUA